AUGGCAACGGACGCCGGCCCCGGACUCCGACUCCGCAGCGCGCGGCUCGGCGGGAGCGCGCGUCCGGGCUCGGAUGGCGAGCUGGGGCGACGCGCCCGCGACGGAGGAGUGCUGGAGGAUCCUCGAGAGCCUCGAGGCCUCUAUCGAGCAGUUCCAGGUCAACCGCAGGUGACCCGCGGGGCCCUCGCGCCGGCCCGCCCUGGCUCCGGCCGCGGGACUGCAGCUUUGGCUCCUAUAAUACUUAACAUUUCAGAUGAUUUAAAGGUUGGCUUUUUCAACACAGACCACGCUACUCAAACAGAUUCCAGUGAAAUUUUGCCAGUAAAAGAGUUGAGUUCAACUACACAAAAUUUGGUGCAGAUUGUUAAAUCCCUCCAGGUGGAGUUUGGGUUCCUCAAACAGUUGCUUCAGUUGAAGUUUGAGGACAGACUUAAAGAGGAGUCUUACAAUCUCCUCAAUGUUCUACGUGACAGGAUCGGAGAGCUCGAAAAACACCGUCAACAGAAUGAGGAUAAUAUGAGAAAAUGCUUCUAUCAGCAGUUAGCUGACGCCAUAGCUGUUGUCAAAGGAAUGUACCAGCAAUUCUUUGAGGUCGAAGAAGAGGAGAUUUCUUUGCAAGAUGCAAACACUGUCAAAAUGAACAUUUUGUCAAGAAAACUGAAAGAAAAAGAAGACAUUAUUAAGGAAUUAGAAGAAGAACUAGACCAAUAUGAAGAAUACGGAUUUCCAAAACUUGGCUCUUUGGCCAAAGACACCAGCUCUACAAAGUCAGCCCUACAAAAGGAAAAUUUGGAGUACAAAGUGAAAAACGAGAGACUGCUUCAAAUCGUUUCAGAGCUGGAGGAGGAAGUCGGAUUCAAUAUAAAAGAAAAUUCAGCAUUAGAAGAUGAAGUUAUAAGUCUGAAAGAGAAGGCCGAAAAGGAUCAGAGAACUAUUCAAAAGGCUGGGGGCCUCCACACAGCCCGCCUCCGUCGAGCCAAGCGCCAGCGCUUCUCCAAAGCGAUGUCGGCGCAACAGGUUGGUUGGAACAGGUGCCAGCCAGCCAGGGAAGGGGGUGGCAUUAAGCUGCGGGGAUCAGCCAAGAGCCGAGACUCCCCGAGAAGCGAGAGUAAAUCCCCAGGGGCUCUAAAGUGGAAGCGGCUAAAAACCUGCGCCCCCGCCACUGCCGCUGCUAGCGCCGGCGCCUCAGCCCGGAGGCAAAGCCAGCUCGCCACAGCCUGCGCCCCGGGCCACACGGUCCUCUGCAGGCGGCCGCCCGAGGGCCUCCCGCCCGACACUGGGGCGUAG